AUGGAUGUUGAUGCCAGUGAAGAUCAAGAGCCAUUAAAUUUCAAACACAAAGUAAUUCUCAACGAUAUUUCUGAUAUAUUCGAAUUAUGUAAAUCAAAAUGUCCGACAAAAUAUAGUAGUGUAUUGUUAUUCAUGACAAUGCGUUAUUUUGGCGUUAAAUGGAAAGAUUGUAAUGAUUUCUUAACUAAAAUUGGAGAACUAACCAGUCAAACAGCUCAUAAAUGGGCCAGCGCUUUUGUUACCGGAGACUUUGAUGAAUUUUGUAAUGAUAAUUGA